AAAAAAGUUGUCCUUUUCCUCUUAAAAUUGUUGUUCCAUCUUUGUUGAUACAAAACAAAGCCAGCAAAAAUGGAGCAACAAAACAAUUCUAUUAGUGUUAAUACAACUAUGAAUAGUCACAAAAAUGGAGGAAGAGUAUGGCAAGAAUCUAAAAAAAUGUGGAAAAUUGCAGGGCCUGCAAUUCUGAUGUUGGUUUCUCAAUACUCGUUUGAAUUUGUCACUUGUGCUACUGUUGGCCAUUUGGGUUCCCUUGAACUUGCUGCGGUUUCCAUUGUUCAGAAUGUUAUCAAAGGUUUUGUCUAUGGUUUAAUGCUCGGGAUGGGGAGUGCUCUAGAGACGCUUUGUGGACAAGCAGUUGGAGCAGGACAGAUAAAUAUGUUAGGAAUAUACUUACAAAGAUCAUGGAUCAUCACUGGAAUUACUGCUGUGCUUUUAACACCAAUUUACAUCUUCACUUCCCCAAUACUGAAACUUCUGCAUCAAGACAAACACAUCUCCGAACUUGCAGGAAAGUACGCGUUGUGGGUGGUUCCGCAAUUAUUUGCAUUUGCUUUAAAUUUCCCUAUCCAAAAGUUCCUCCAAUCUCAGAGUAUAGUGUGGGUUAUGACAAUACUGUCCAUGGUUGUCUUAGGAAUACAUGCUUUGUUGAAUUGGGUUGUGCUAAUGAAGUUUUCUUCGCACGGCCUGUUUGGUGCUGCAAUGGUUGCAAAUUUCUCUUGGUUUCUCCUCAUUUUGGGUCAGUUAAUCUAUAUUAUGUGCGGUUUCUUCCCGGAUGCUUGGACUGGAUUCUCGAUGUUGGCUUUCAAGUCAUUGAAGGGUUUCACCAAACUUACACUUGCUUCAGCAUUAAUGUUAUGUUUAGAGCUGUGGUAUUUCUUAAUCAUGAUUCUCAUGGUGGGAUGGUUGAAGAAUCCAGAAGUUGCACUUGAUGCUGUUUCUAUAUGUAUGAAUUUGGACAUUUGGGGUCUAAUGGUUGCUUUAGGCUUUAAUGCAGCAGUCAGUGUGCGAGUGUCUAAUGAGCUCGGAGCAGGGCGCCCCAACGUUGCUAAAUUUGCUAUAUCAAUUGCAAGCAUGACGUCAACGAUAAUAGGGACUAUAAUGACCGUCAUGAUCCUCGUAUUGAAGGAGCAAUAUCCGAAGUUGUUCUUUGAAAAGCCACUAGUCAUAGCCGAGGCCUCAAAGCUCGGGUAUCUUCUAGCUGCUUCGAUAUUUCUAAAUAAUAUACAAUCGGUUCUUCAAGGUGUUGCGGUUGGGGCAGGAUGGCAAACACUGGUCGCACUACUAAACAUUGGUUUCUACUACUUAGUUGGGCUACCCCUUGGCGCUCUACUUGGUUACAAAUUCAAGCUUGGGGUUCAUGGAAUUUGGGCCGGAUUGCUAAUCGGAUUAUUGUCACAAACCGUGAUUUUGCUGUUCAUUGUGUGGAGGACUAAUUGGCAUAAAGAAGCCUCUCAAUCGAAGAAACGGAUGAGAGUCUGGGGUGACUCAACGGAUCCCCAAUCGACAUGAAAAUAGCUCAUUCGGAGAACAAUACAGGAUUAAAACAACAGAUUGGUUUUAGCUUUGUUGCCCAGAAAAUAUGUUGUGAAUUCUCAUGCAAUUUGAUGCAUCAGAUGAGCAGUUGAGUUCACAUAUUUUUCAAAUAGCUACCGUUCAAUCUAGGGUCUUGUGCAGCUUUGUUGUCACAAUGCAAAAGGAAGCACACCAAAAGUUAUUUUCAGGAACAUCUAGCAUCUAUGAUUUUGUCCUCGUUUUUCGAUGGGUUAAAUAUUUAUAGUUCUUUGGUUUUAAUUUAUGACGAAUCUCAGUAAAAUGACUAUUGAAUCAUGUGC